UGAGAUUUUACAGUUUUUCUCCAUUGGUUUGGCUCAUUUCUUGAAACAGAAAUGACAUUCUCAAAAUAACAUGGACAAACCUCCAAACCUCUUGGCAAAUGUUCACAACAGAAUGGCAUUUCCCAUUCAUUUUAUCAAAUCGCAAAUGCCUUAGUACAUGUCUCAAUUGUCUCAGUGCAUCUUUGCAAAUGAUUAAGUACAAGUAGCCUACAGUUAUACAGUUAGCCCACAUUUAGCACAUUUUCCAAAUGAAUAGAUCUUGUAGAUCUAAACUGAUUAGUUGAUUCCCAGUCUAAUGAUCAUUCUCUCCAAAACAUGUCAGCAUGAUUUCAUUGUAUAAGUACUCGCAUGCACAACUGUCUGUUCAAUUGUCAAAAUUGGUCAAGAACAUAAUACCAUGAAUACCAUAUAUGAAUUUCUUUGAAUAUUUGAUAAAUUGAUGACAGUCAUUGAUAGUCAGGUGAAACUAGACUAACGAAGGGGGAGUGUCACACACAGGUGUGUUCCAUAUAUCUGCCAAACACAGAUAUAUAGAGCUUGACCAGAGCCAGUCCGAUCUCUGAACAUGGAUAGACAAGGCCAAGCAAACGGACAAAGGGAAGUUCUCCCUCAAGGAAGAGGAGGAAGAAGAAGAAGAGGAGGACUGAGAAUGCGUGGUGGAGGAAUAGGGGGAAGAGGCCGAGGUGCGUGAAGACACUGUGCUGUCCCAAAUGAAAUUCGGGCCACAAUUAUAGACCAUGUCAUAAACCAUGGCCUCACAAUGGCAGAGGCAGGUCGUCGAGUGCAGCCUAAUCUGCCUCGCUCUACAGUCUCCUCCAUCAUCCAAACCUUUCGCAGGGAAAACAGGUCUGCCUCUCAAUGCAGUCGCACUGUGGAUUCUUCUUCGCUGCCACAGCCUCAAAUCACCCAAUGCUGUCUUCAUGGUCAACCUGGCAUUCUCAGACCUGCUACUCAUCAUCUCGUUGCCCAUGAGGAUCUACUUUCAUGCAACAGGCACCUGGCCUCUGAGCAAUAUGGCGUGCCUCAUCAUUACAAUGCUCUUUCGCGACAACAUCCGUUCCAGGGCUAUGUUUAUAACCUUCAUCAGUGUGGACAGAUUGCUGGCUGUGGUUUAUCCUCUGAGGUCACGCCAUUUAAGAACCUCGUCCAAUGCCUGGAAAGGAGCUGCAUUCGUCUGGAGUUUUUUGCUGGUGGUGAAUAUCCCAGAGAGUUUGGACUUUCUAGAACAUUUGCAGAACCACUUUCAAACUACCUGUUUUAAAUCUUAUGACUCUUAUGAGCCUUUAUUGAGUAAAACUCGAUUAGCAGUUAUUUACCUUCAGAUUGUGUUACUGGUCACAAUGCUAACAGUCAACAUUGUUUGCACCGUUAUGGUGUCUUGGACUCUGCACAGAGAUCUCAGUGACUCUGCAAAGGUCAACAACAAGAUGAAAGUUAUGCUGAUCUUUGUCAUGAACUUGGUUUUGUUUGCCAUGUUCUUACCUGUGCCUAUAGGAAUGGCUGCACAUGCCAAAGAAAUCAAGCCGCUGGUAUGUCUUACUGUUUCUAACUGCUGUCUGGAUCCUCUGUUGUAUUACUUUUCUUUUGACUCCUUUUGGAAGAAAAAGGAAGAUGCAACGAACGGAGGAGAAAUGUAG